AUGGUGAUUGUCAUCAUGGUGGUAGUGAUGGUGCUGGUGCUGGUUGUCGUGGUAGUGGUGCUGGUGGUGGUCGUGUUGCUGGUGAAGGUGGUGCUAGUGGAUGUGCUGAGUGUUGUGUUGGUGGUCAUGGUGCUGGUUAUGGUCAUGAUGAUAGUGGUGGUGGCGCUGGUGGAUGUGCUGAUGGUGGUGGUGGUUGUCAUGGUGCUGGUUAUGGUCAUGAUGAUGGUGGCGGUAACUUACGCUGGUGGAUGGUCUGAUGGUGGUGGUGCUGGUGAUGAUGAUGUGUCUAUUUGUUAUGAAGUGUUCAACCAUUCAACGGGAAGAGAUGAUGCUACUGCUAGUGUUGUUGACGAUGAUGGUGGUACUUGUGAUGAUGAUAAUGGUGGUGGAGGUGGUUGCGGUGGUGUCGAUGAUGAUGGUGGUCGUUAA